AUUCAACAUAAGACACUUUGCCACUACGCAUGCGCAUAUGUGCUGGCUCGGCGGAGCUCAGGUCUUUGUUGAAUGCAGCGAAACAGACUCCCUCUGCAAGGAAAUUAAUAUUGCAAGAGAAACUAGAAGAACACACAAACAUCUACAUCGAAUGGAGUAGGAAAUUGAAAACUAGUACGUACAUUCCUUCGUCAAUACUGGGAGGAUUUUUACCGAGUCGACAAUAUCGUCUGUAUACAAACAAAACCACCGUUCUUCUUAAGGUGGUAUUGUGGGAUAUUUUUAGCUCAACAUUUGUCCUUUUUUGCUAUUGCGCUAGUUCUGUACACAAUCAUGGGAGCGUUUAUCAGUUAAGAGGAAUAUUGUUAUUCCUUUUCCUCGACAAGCUAUCAUGAAAGAAGACAGUUAUUUCUUCUUGGAAAGGCAGCUCAUGGCAUGCGAAAGAGGGGGACACCUUUCCUGCUGCCUCAACGUUACCGUGGAACAGAGGGUGCCAAAGAGGGAAAUCCAGUGGCCUGCAUUUACCUGGCUCACCAUUUCAUUGAAAUAGUGUUCUACUACGCAUAACUGGGAUGAUGGAGACAGUUGGCAAAUUUGAGUUCAGCAGGAAGGAUCUCAUCGGACACGGAGCCUUUGCUGUGGUGUUCCGAGGCAGGCAUCGAGAGAAACACGAUUGGGAGGUUGCUGUGAAAUGCAUUAACAAGAAAAACCUUGCAAAGUCACAGACACUUCUGGGGAAAGAAAUAAAGAUAUUAAAGGAACUGAAACAUGAAAACAUCGUCGCCCUAUACGAUUUCCAGGAAACGGCGAGCUCGGUGUACCUGGUGAUGGAGUACUGCAAUGGUGGAGAUCUUGCUGACUACCUACACGCCAAGGGCACCUUGAGCGAGGACACCAUUCGAGUGUUCCUGCUGCAGAUCGCUGGAGCCAUGAGGAUCCUGCAAUCCAAAGGCAUCAUCCACCGAGACCUCAAGCCCCAAAACAUCCUCUUAUCCCUCCCUGCAGGCCGCAAGUCCCACUCCACCAACACCUGCAUCAAGAUAGCUGACUUUGGAUUCGCCAGGCAUCUCCAGAACAACAUGAUGGCUGCCACUCUCUGUGGCUCCCCUAUGUACAUGGCCCCUGAAGUCAUCAUGUCCCAGAACUAUGACGCCAAGGCAGACCUGUGGAGCAUAGGAACCAUAGUUUUCCAGUGCCUUACAGGGAAGGCCCCCUUUCAGGCCAGCAGUCCCCAAGACCUCCGCUUGUUUUAUGAGAAGAAUAAAAACCUCUCACCCAACAUUCCCAGAGAAACCUCUACCCAUCUCAGACACUUGCUCCUCGGCCUUCUGCAGCGGAACCAUAAAGACCGCAUGGACUUCGAUGAGUUCUUUCGACACCCAUUCCUGGAAGCAAGCUCAUCUAUGAAGAAGUCCGCUCCAGUGGCACUCCAGAGCUUUCCCAAUUCAGCCUCCGCUAGUUCCUGCAGUAGUUCUUCCACAUCACACCUUGCCUCACCACCACAGUCCUUGGCAGAGAUUCAGCAGCUCCGUGCGAAGCCCCUACCCUCUCCUACCCAGGAGUCUCCUGGUUCCCUGCUGAAGGACUCAGGUGGAGGCGGGGGCAGCAGCAAGAACUCAUCCUGUGACACAGACGACUUUGUCAUUGUUCCAGCUCACUUCGCCAGUGAGUUGGCCUGUGAGAUACCAAGCAGUAAAGUGCUGCAGGACAGCCUCAUGUGCAGUGGCAGCUCUCUGCUGGCCUCUGGUGGCGUGGGCAGUCAAAGCAAGACCCCGCCCCGAUCCCCAUCCUACAGUAGCUCGCCGGGACCCUCUGGCAGGCUCAGUGAAUGCUUGGCGAGUAACUCCAGUAACUAUGGCCAGUCCGUGCCCAUCCCAGUCCCCACUCAGAUUCACAACUACCAGCGCAUGGAGCAGAACCUCCAGUCUCCCAGCCAAGACAGUUCCCCCAGGUCGGCACCCCCAGUGCGUCGCUGCAGCAGUGGCACCUCGCUGGCCUUCGGGAGGAUCGCACCAUCGCCACCGCACUCAGGGGCCUACGGCUCGGCCCUCAGCUCACGGAGACUCUCUGCCGGGGCCUCCAAACCCUUCCAGCUCUCCCCCCAGGUGGGCACCAUCCCUGAGAUGCCCGGCCAGACUGACCCACUGGGCACAGAUCUGGGUCGGUGUGGAGCACGGAGCAGCGGCACUGACGGCAGAUUUCAACCCCAGCACCAACAGCAUGGUCUGGGCACCAGGCUGCACAGUGCUCCCUGUCUGCAGGAGGUGGGUAACAUCGCCCGUCAGAAGAUCCGCAAGCAGCACUCGGACCCGGUGGGCAUCCCUCAGGGGGGCUUCAUGGCUCUUCGGCCCCUACACUCCUCACCCCGACUCAGUGAGCUCAUGCAGAGAAGCCCCCUGCCCACCAUCCUGGGCUCCCCCUCAAGGGGUAUACCCCCGUUUGAGUUCCCUAAGCCGCCCAGCUCCCCCAACAUGGUGACUUUCCUGGCACAGCAGGGCCUUGUCCUGGCAUCACCCGGCAACAGGCAGACACAGGGGGAUGCGCGACCCUGCAGUCUUCUAGACAGAGGAGCGGAGGAGGGCAGAGCAUUCGGGAGGUCACAGAGCGCUGGUCGCCUGUCGGACAUGUUGUUGAUGGCAGCGUUUGGAGGGCCACUGGGAGAGAGAGGGAGCUCAGAGAACCUCAGCACUGACAACAGAGCCAUGGACAUUAUAGCUCCAUCUGCUGGCGGUACUAUGGUGGUGGGCUCAGGCAGUCCAGCGAGGGUUGUCUUCACUGUGGGCUCUCCACCUAGUGGCAGCACACCCCCACAGUCCUGUCGCACGAGGAGAUGCUCCGGAUCUUCAAGUUCGGUCAGUCCAGCAGGGUCCUUCACUAGCCGUUACCACCAGACUGGUAUUUGCAUGGAAGGCUUUGAGGGGUCUUCCAGCCCACGGUAUGGGUUCACACAUCCCCUCUCCUCCACUCUGGAAGGAGCUGUUACGUUUGAGGCCCCAGAGCUACCAGAGGAGACACUAAUGGAGCAGGAGCACACAGACACCCUGCGGCAGCUGCGCUUCACCCUGGAGUUUGCGCGCUGCAUGGUGGAGGUGGCAGGGAGCCGGGGAGGGGAACGGGGCCCAGACCGAGACCGAGACCUAGACCUAGACCGGGGCGGCGAGCAGACGGACCCCUCCUGCUCCUUCCUGCUGCAGCAGCAGAGCGUGGUGGCCGACCAGAUCAGCUCCCUCAGCCGCGAGUGGAGUUAUGCAGAGCAGCUGGUGUUGUACAUGAAGACAGCCGAGCUGCUGUCCUCGGCUCUCCACACUUCCAUGGAAGGCAUCAAACAGGGCAAGCUGUAUCCCUCCAGCACGGUCAAGCAGGUGGUCAGAAGGCUAAACGACCUCUACAAGUCCAGUGUGAUGUCCUGUCGCUCCCUCAGCGCUCGCCUGGAGCGCUUCUUCUCACGCAAGCACCGCCUCAUGGACCACAUCAACACCAUCACCGCCGAGAGACUGCUCUUCAGCCACACCGUACAGAUGGUUCAGACCGCUGCGCUGGAUGAGAUGUUCCACCAGGGGGAGCUGUCCGUUCAGCGCUACCACAAAGCCUUGCUGUUGAUGGAGGGGCUCUCCAUGCUCCUCACCGAGCAGACCGACAUCCUCAGCCUCAGCAAGUGUAAGCAGUGUAUUGAACGACGUCUCACCGCUCUGCAGUCUGGCUUAUGUGUAUAAACACCCCUGUUGUGUGAGCCCCACAGCAAGCAGCCUGAAUAUCCAGACAUCCUCCUUCUCUCUCUUUCUCUGUCACUCUGUCCUCCCUCCUGCCACAGCUUUUGCGAGCCUCUGCUCAGUGACUGCACAGCGGUGUCUGUUGAGGUGACUGAAGGUCCAGUCCAGUCAGUAUUCCUGCUGGGAGAGCUCAAGCAGCAGAGGCAAAGAGCAGUGGCUCACAUAUGAGAAGGGUUGAGGGUGUACCGAGGGCGGUUCCUGUCCAUGCCUCAGCUUACCUCACUCUUCACCUGACACGGAGAACACAGAACCAGACAGCUGAGCAUCAUACUGGUGACGAUACCAAUUUUGAACUCUGACCUGAUCACUGACACAGACCCAUAAUGUCAUUCCAGCAGUAUCUCAUAGUUAGCCUUGCCACCUCAAUCCAACAAAAAACAAACUGUUUGUCUGGGAUUAUUCCUGGAAAGAAAUAUUCUUUCAAAUGCAGUAUCUGUGUUGCCAUGAGAGUGGCAUAUCUGAUGGUAAUGAUCAGAUGGGGACACACCAUGUUGUUAACACAAGUCUAAUUUAUAUUAACUUUCUGAGUUCAUCGCCCAUCCUGCUUAACAUGACCUUUAGUUUUUAUUUAGUAUGUUGGCCCGGCGCCAUCCUUUUAAGUAUCAUUCAUAUACUUCCCCAUGUAUCCCUCAAUGGGAUGUAAGGCCAAUGGAUUUUAAUCCCCAAACAAUAUUGGACCAAUUAUUAAUUAUAAAUAUUUAAAUGUAAUUUAAUUUAGUGAUACUUAGGGAUUUUCUGAAGAGAGAGACGCUCUGAAUGUUUUGGACCAGAAAAGAAGGAGAUUAGAUAACUGAAUGUUGCAAGGGCAGCUGUUGCCUCAGCCACUCCAUUUGUUAUAUUUAAGCUUAACACACAAAGUAGACCCAUUCGUUCCCCCAUUUUGUUUCUCUAUUAUGCAUGCCCACAGGACUAAAUAUCACCAUUCUAUAGCAGAAAAACAUGUGAAGACCACCUGAUGCACUUUAGAGAAUCACGACCAAUCACAGAUGAUGUCCCACCGAUUCUUUUGAAAAGUGGUAAAUCAUGUUCCAUGUUAUUGAAACGCAUCUUCCAGGUCUAGAUCAGAAUUUAGACCAUGUGAUCUUUUUAUGUGAGUGGUCCAAGGAUCGUCACCUCAAUCAUCCAUUUUGAAUGUAAUGUGCAGAGUAAAGGUUUGCCUGUGUGUGUUUGGUGUAAUUGUAGACUACAUUUAUUCUUUGUAGUGUGACUUCUUCAAAGGUGGACUAACUAACGAUACAAGUUUUAAGUUUGAAUGGAAACAAUUGAAAACCAUUAUUUGAUUAAUGUUGAAAUAGCUUUUUCUUAUUUGAUGGACCCCUUUCAGAUGAGUGGUUCCGCCUCACACACUUUGCUUAGGGCUAGUGCUCUAUGAACCUUUAAAGAAGUUGAUGGACAUCUCAGUAUCUGUGCAAUAUUGCCUAGAAAUACGGUGAUGCACCAGUGUGACCGAGUCCAGGGAGGCGCUUGAUUUCCUUAAGGGCAGAGCAAGGCCACCAGACAAUCUCCCACUAGCAGCACUGAUGGCUAAGUCUCACAUAGCAGUAGCUUUAUCAUUUAGGCUCGGUUCAAAACAGCAGUCUUUCUAUGGAUAUGGCUUAGAGAUGCCCUCAUUAUCCUCGGGUCAGCAGUGUGUGUAUUCCCAUGACUCUGUGCUGGUGCUUUAAGGGGCUUGGUGUGCUUUGUUCAUUACACAUGCUUUUGGUCUGGCCUAGCGAGUUUAUACCUAAGUUUAAAGCUAACCCCUCAACUGAAAAGCUUGCACUGCGCUGCCAUUGAAGAGUACAGUAUAGUGUGCAUUUCCAUGGCAGAGGGGAGGCUCAAGAUGUAUGGGAACAGCCAUUCGAUCAUUUUAGCAGCAUAGGGUAGCUAGAGGUUGUUUUAGAUAUAGACUUUUCUCAGUGUAUUUUACAGUAGCCCCCUGUAGAAUUAGGUGGGUUUUUUUU